AUGUACUUGUUAAUACGUAGGGGGCUGGUAUCUUCAGCUAGCAGACCUCGUGAAGACAGUUGGUUAAAAUCGCUAUUUGUUCGCAAAGUCGAUCCAAGGAAAGAUGCUCACUCCAACCUUCUAGCCAAAAGAGAGACCAGCAGUCUGUAUAAACUACAGAUUCACAAUGUAAAACCAGAAUGUCUAGAGGCCUACAACAAGCUUUGUCAAGAGGUGCUGCCAAAGAUUCAUGAAGAAAAACACUACCCAUGUGCACUGGUGGGGACUUGGAACACGUGGUACGGAGAGCAAGAUCAGGCUGUUCAUCUGUGGAGAUAUGAAGGAGGCUAUCCAGCCCUCAAUGAGGUCAUGAGUAAACUCCGUCAAAAUAAGGAAUUCACAGAGUUCCGUAAAGAAAGAGGUAACAUGCUUCUCUCCCGCAAGAACCAGUUACUGUUGGAGUUUAGUUUCUGGAAUGAACCCGUUCCCAGAGAGGGGCCUAAUAUUUAUGAACUGAGAUCCUAUCAACUUCGACCUGGAACAAUGAUCGAGUGGGGAAAUUACUGGGCUCGUGCAAUUCGUUUCCGACAGGAUAAUAAUGAAGCAGUUGGAGGAUUUUUCUCACAAAUUGGACAGCUGUAUAUGGUUCAUCACCUCUGGGCUUACAAAGAUCUGCAGACCAGAGAAGAUAUAAGGAAUGCUGCGUGGCAUAAACCUGGCUGGGAUGAACUAGUCUAUUACACAGUGCCCCUUAUUCAGGAAAUGGAGUCCAGAAUCAUGAUACCAUUGAAGAUUUCUCCGCUUCAGUAAAGUCACUGAUUUACUUGUGCCUACAUAGAUAAAGUGACAAGUAUUUGUCUUAAAUUAAUUUAUGGUAUACAUUGUAUAUCAUAGUCUGAAAUAUAAAAGUACUGUAUUGAGCUUAUAAAAGAGACCUCUUUUCUUCAGA